UCCGCCGCGCAUCAAAACAACGUUUAUUUUCGCUAUAAAAAUAUAAAUUCAACAUGGAUCCGCGUUUGUACGAGUCUAAAUUAGUGAACCAUAAAAUAUUUAAAGAUUGUAAAGAAAGUUUGAAAGAUAAUCCUAGUGGAAAGUUGCGAAAUCUUAUGGACUUGCGCGAUGAUGUUUUGUACCUUUGGAACGCAGUGGAGAACUGUUUAUUCAGCCUGAAUUUGAAGAGAUUGGAGGAAAAUGACGAGGAAACACCUUACCAGAAACUCCACCUGCUAUCUCCACCGGCGUUUCCAGUGGAGCGCGUCGUGACCAGCGGGUGUGGCAGCAGGCUGUGCGUGUGGGGGUCGCGUGGAGUCACAGUGGUGGAGCUCCCCUCCCGAUGGGGCAGGGGGGGACUGUUUGACGCUGGCAACGCGACUGUCUUGUGCAAGAGUCACUCCCUGGACGAACGGUUCCUGUACUCGCAAGGGGAGGUGAGGAAGGUGCAGUGGCAUCCGAGUUCCCUGUCACAUCUACUGGUGCUGGUCUCCGAUAAUACCAUCAGACUCUACAACAUAGCUCUACGGAACGGCCCGAAGCUGGUCAAGAUCUUCACCAUAGGACCGAAGCCCCACAGCCUUCUGGCUGGGAAGACAAUCCUGGACAGUCUCGGAGACACGGCGGUAGACUUCACUGCGACACCGGAUUCUGAGUCACUGCUGAUCCUUAGAGGCAACGGAGACGUGUAUAUGAUGCAGUGUGAUCUGGAUAACAAGAGCCCUCACCAACCGAAGCUGUGCGGCCCGCUGUCAAUGUACCCCCCGGCUGACGACAACUACGGCACUGACUCGUGCUGCAUCAUGGCGCUUGGAGGGGGGGACACUCCUGCGCUGCUCGUGGUCGCCACCUGCUCCGCUGCGCUCUACCACUGUCUCCUUUUACCUAAUUCAACAGAGAAAGAGGACGGCGACACUCACGCCCUGUACGUUGUGGAGACAGUCGAGCUGAACAUAGUUCUGAACCCCGAUGACGUCGACAUGCAACAUUCAUAUCCGGUGCACCUGUACCCGUGCACAAGUAACACGUACGCAUGCGUACACGCGGGCGGCGUCCACGCUGUCACACUGCCCAUACUGAGACAACUCAAGGACUUCGCGUUAGCUGAAGACGCGGACACGGAGAGCUCGGUGUCGUCGGUAGUGUCGUGCAGGUCGUCGGCGCGGCACCUGGUGUGCACCAGCCCGCUGGCCGCGCGGCCGGCGCCGCCGCCCGCCGUCUGCGUCACGGCGCCGCCGCAGCCGCGCCUGCUGUGCCUCUGCCACGACGCCACUGCCCUCACCAGGACACUGGACCCGUUCGAUCUAGAGGAGCAACUUUACAAAGAAUUGCAGCUAAAAAAUCCCGCCUUGGAACAAGAAGACAUCAAUAAAAUACUCAAAGAAAGACAGAAGCUGUCAUUCACCGCGAUAAUACAAGAGAUCCUGACGAGGGAUGUCUCGCAGCCGAUACUCAAUGUUAGCAAGAGAGAGGAACCCAGCCCUAAGGAAAGCUUAGAGUUCCUGUCGCAAGCUACCCUGAAGCUCCGCGGCGAGUACAAGUCCCGGCAGCAGCGAGCGCUGGACGCCCUGGUGCGGAAGGUGGGCGCACUCAAGUCCUUGAGCAAACAACACGACAGUUGGAUCAAAGAGUUACAGAAAGAGAUAGACGACGUGCAACUACAGUCAGCGGUUCUCAAAGAUAAGUGCGCGUUGGCUGAGAAACACCAGGAUGAUAUUAAAUACAGGUGUUCCGCAGUAAUCCGCGCCCUCCGCGCGUCUUCCUCCGCCACUCCCGCGGAGCGCGCCCUACUGGCGGAGCUGGAGCGGUACAAACGUUCACGCGAGCAGUUUGCUGAUCAGAUACAAGUACUCAAGAAACACGCAAAGGAUAAAACGUAUGAGUUGAAGAAGUGGCAGGACGAGUACAAGAAGAAAGACAUAGCCCUGGGCAAGUCACACAGCGAUACCAUCUCCUCCAUACUACAGCAACAAACAAGCUUAAUUUCAACGCUGAUUGAAGAAACGAAGCUGCUCAAAGACCAACUCAGUAUUGUUUAAGUUUAACGCCAUCUUCAUAUUAUUAAUCUGGUUGCACUUUGGAUGCGUUUUCGUACGAACUCGGCGUAUACUUACGAACUCGGUUCGUGCGUAUACGUACGAACUCGCACGAAUUAUUCCAGACUUUCAAGUACUAUGGGAGCGCGAACACGGGUUGCGAGGGGGUCUAAAAAAGCCAUAUUGAAGCCCCUAAAAAGCAACACUUGUUAAGAGUGCGCAACUUCAACGAAUGUCAAAUUGCUUCUAGUAUUGUGAAAAGCAAGGAAUUGAGUUCGAAUGCACGAGUCGAGUUCUUACGAAGGUACCUCUAAGCACGACCAAGCUUGUUGCUUUACUAAGUUGAAUGUUUAUUUUUUAAUUUGUCCAAUACGGUGAUUCUAUUAUUUUUGAAGUAAUAAUCGAGGUGUGUUGAUAAUAUGACAUUGUACCGAGUGUCCUGACAUACUGGUAAGUUAAGUACAUUAAUUCAUUUAGAUAAUAAAUUAAUAAAGUUGAUUAAUUGCA